CUUUCUUCCUAUUGGUUGUUCAGUUUCUACACAGACUCGCAUAUGAGUUGAGCUGCAGCAGAGUUGCUGCUGAUUUGAUGCUCUGCUCCUGACAUUUGAAAAGGGCUUUGAAAGUGAACAUAAAGUAGCACAGUUGCCGUUCACAAGCAAAAAUGGGAGUUGGGGAUGGACGGGACCAGUAUGAGCUGGCGGCAACGUCAGAUCAAGGAGGGAAGAAAAAGAACAAAGCCAAGAAGAAGGAGAAAGAUAUGGAUGAGCUAAAAAGGGAAGUGGAUUUGGAUGAUCACAAACUGACUUUGGAAGAACUCCACCGUAAAUAUGGUACAGACUUGAGCAGAGGUCUUACAAGCGCCCGUGCGGCAGAGAUUCUGAUCCGUGAUGGACCUAAUGCCCUCACUCCACCUCCAACUAUCCCAGAAUGGGUGAAGUUCUGUAAGCAGAUGUUUGGAGGUUUCUCCAUGCUAUUGUGGACCGGUGCCGUUCUCUGCUUUCUUGCAUAUGGCAUUCAGGCAGCAAUGGAGGAUGAGCCUGCCAAUGACAAUCUGUAUUUGGGAGUUGUGUUAUCAGCUGUGGUGAUCAUCACCGGAUGUUUCUCAUACUAUCAAGAUGCUAAGAGCUCAAAAAUUAUGGAUUCUUUCAAGAAUUUGGUUCCCCAGCAAGCAUUGGUUGUCCGUGAUGGUGAGAAGAAGCAAAUUAACGCUGAAAACGUGGUGGUUGGUGAUCUGGUGGAAGUAAAAGGUGGUGACAGGAUCCCUGCUGACCUGAGAAUCAUAGCCUCACAUGGCUGCAAGGUGGAUAACUCCUCACUGACUGGAGAAUCAGAGCCUCAGACACGGUCCCCCGAUUUCUCAAAUGAUAAUCCUCUAGAGACCAGGAAUAUUGCUUUCUUCUCCACCAAUUGUGUAGAAGGUACUGCACGUGGUAUCGUCAUCAGCACCGGCGACCGUACUGUAAUGGGCCGAAUUGCAACACUUGCGUCUGGUCUAGAGGUUGGGCGCACCCCCAUCUCCAUUGAGAUUGAACACUUCAUCCACAUCAUCACAGGCGUGGCUGUCUUCCUGGGUGUCUCUUUCUUUAUUCUGUCUCUUGUUCUUGGUUACUCCUGGUUGGAGGCUGUUAUCUUUCUUAUUGGCAUCAUUGUGGCCAAUGUACCUGAAGGUCUUCUUGCUACAGUCACGGUCUGUCUCACCCUCACAGCUAAACGUAUGGCUAAGAAAAACUGUUUGGUUAAGAACCUUGAGGCCGUUGAAACCCUGGGCUCAACCUCAACCAUCUGUUCUGAUAAAACUGGCACAUUAACGCAGAAUCGCAUGACUGUAGCUCACAUGUGGUUUGAUAACCAGAUCCAUGAGGCUGACACCACAGAAAAUCAGAGCGGGACCUCUUUUGACCGCAGCUCGGCCACCUGGACUGCAUUGGCACGCAUUGCUGGGCUCUGCAACAGGGCUGUGUUCCUGGCAGAACAGACCGAUGUGCCAAUUCUGAAGAGAGAUGUUGCUGGGGAUGCAUCUGAAUCUGCUCUGCUGAAAUGCAUUGAGCUUUGCUGUGGAUCAGUGAAAGAAAUGAGAGAAAAGUACACCAAAGUAGCAGAAAUCCCUUUCAACUCUACAAACAAAUAUCAGCUGUCAGUGCACAAGAACCCAAAUGGUGGCACAGAGUCUAAACACCUGCUGGUCGUGAAAGGAGCCCCGGAGAGAAUACUGGACCGCUGUGCUACUAUAUUGAUCCAAGGGAAGGAGCAGCCUUUGGAUGAUGAAAUGAAAGAAUCCUUUCAGAAUGCUUAUCUGGAGCUUGGGGGCCUUGGAGAAAGAGUUUUGGGCUUCUGUCAUUUCAACCUCCCUGAUGAACAGUUUCCAGAAGGUUUCCAGUUUGAUACUGAGGAUGUGAAUUUCCCUACUGAGAAUCUGUGCUUUGUGGGUCUCAUGUCAAUGAUCGACCCUCCACGUGCUGCUGUACCUGAUGCUGUAGGCAAAUGCAGAAGUGCAGGAAUCAAGGUUAUCAUGGUAACUGGUGACCAUCCAAUCACUGCAAAAGCCAUAGCAAAGGGUGUUGGGAUUAUUUCUGAGGGUAAUGAGACUGUGGAAGACAUUGCUGCUCGCUUGAAUAUACCAGUCAAUGAGGUCAACCCCAGAGAUGCAAAGGCCUGUGUGGUUCAUGGUGGAGACUUGAAGGACCUCACAGCUGAACAACUAGAUGAUAUUCUGAAGUACCACACAGAAAUUGUGUUCGCCAGAACAUCACCACAGCAGAAACUGAUUAUUGUUGAGGGGUGUCAGCGACAGGGAGCCAUUGUGGCUGUAACAGGGGACGGUGUGAAUGAUUCUCCUGCACUGAAGAAGGCUGAUAUUGGUGUUGCUAUGGGCAUUGCUGGCUCAGACGUGUCCAAACAGGCUGCUGACAUGAUCCUGCUAGAUGACAACUUUGCCUCAAUUGUCACAGGCGUAGAAGAAGGGCGUCUGAUCUUUGACAACUUGAAGAAGUCCAUUGCUUACACCCUGACCAGUAACAUCCCUGAGAUCACACCCUUUCUGUUCUUCAUUAUCGCCAACAUUCCCUUGCCUUUAGGAACUGUGACCAUUCUGUGUAUUGACCUGGGAACAGACAUGGUCCCUGCUAUUUCUCUAGCAUAUGAGGCUGCUGAGAGUGAUAUCAUGAAGAGACAACCCAGAAACCCUAAAACAGACAAGUUGGUGAAUGAAAGACUUAUUAGCAUUGCAUAUGGGCAGAUAGGUAUGAUUCAGGCUCUGGCUGGAUUUUUUGCAUACUUUGUCAUUCUUGCCGAAAAUGGCUUUUUACCAUCAAGACUACUAGGAAUUCGUGUUGGCUGGGAUGACAAACAUAUUAAUGACCUGGAGGACAGUUACGGGCAACAGUGGACUUAUGAACAGAGAAAGAUUGUGGAGUUCACUUGCCACACAGCAUUCUUCGCGAGCAUUGUGAUUGUGCAGUGGGCCGAUCUGAUUAUCUGCAAGACCAGGCGUAAUUCUGUCUUCCAGCAGGGAAUGAAGAACAAAAUCCUGAUCUUUGGAUUGUUUGAGGAAACAGCACUAGCGGCUUUCUUGUCUUACUGCCCUGGCAUGGAUGUGGCUCUCAGAAUGUACCCACUCAAGCUCAAUUGGUGGUUCUGUGCCUUGCCAUACUCUCUUCUCAUCUUUAUUUACGAUGAAAUCAGAAAGCUCGUCCUUAGAAGGAACCCUGGAGGUUGGGUGGAAAGAGAGACGUACUACUAGACCAUCAUGUUAGCAAUACUUUUGUGAGCUAUCUUUGUGGCGUUACAGUAGUUUCUCUAUUGUGAAAUUAACCUGUACAUUUUUAAAUAUUUUUAUAUAGAACAAUUGUAGUACCGAGAUCAUGCUGACACUCCAUGCCGUGCUUAGACUUGAAAAACUUGAAAAGUUUUUAAUUGUGUAAUUUGAAUAAACUGUCGACUUCACUAAAGAUGUGGUCUCAUUCAAUAACUUCCUGUCUUGUAAGUGACAGUAAGAUUUCUGAAUUUUUUUGUACCAGCUUUUGUACAAGCUUUUUUGUUCUAAAUAAAUAUAUUUAAGUGUAUAAUUAAGACACAUCAAUAUCAACAUAGUGCCUAUGUUGCUUGUUAUAUAGUUUGUACUAAAAUGUGUUUUUCUGCCUUCAUUCAAUCAACUUUCUCACUGAAUGGUUCUUUCAAGAUGGCUAAGAGCCUAGUAACCCAGAAGAAUAGAAUCAUGUUGGCAUGGAUACACAGCAGUAGCCCUAAACUGUUUCAUUUAGAAUUUAAGGAACAGAAUGUGCCUGUAUUUUUCUCUUAGUUUUUCAUUCAUUUAGAACCCACUGGAAUGUUAAACCACUCUUUGCUUUUUGUUAUUCUGCAAUGGUGUUACCGGGUUGAUUUGGCUUAACACACACACGAACACACGCGCGCACACACACACACAUCCACACACAAACUAAGCUAACCACUGCACAAAAAUUCAUCUUUCUGAACUACUUUUUUGACUGCAUGAUUCAUUUUGAGCGCAUGAUUCAUUUUGAGCAUGAGCAACAUGAAAGGGCAGUGACUUCUAGAUCAAUACUUUUCAGCCCACUAUAGAUAAAUCGUGAUUUAUUAGUGCAAAGUCCAUGCUUUUUGUUUUUACAGACAAAUAAAUUACUAAAAUUUAUCUCAGUCAAACUUUCUUUUUGUGAAUGUGAUUAACAGAUUAACACUAACUAAUUUUGAGUCUCUGACUGAAUGUGACAAACUACACUCAAACUCAAGACAAUAUAUUCAAACUACCACAUAAAACUGUAGGCAAUUAAUUUUUUUUUAUAAUUAUGAACCUUUUUUUUUUUUUUAUCAGUAUUUGAACAUAAUAUAGCUUACAUAUUGUUCAGCAAUAUCUUGGAAGUCAAGGUGACCCAAGUCCUGCUGAUCUUGAUCCAGAUCCUGACAGAGCCAGAUGGGUCUACAGUCAAUAUUACUCUCAUUAAUGUCAAUUCUGUGUUUAAUUGCCUUUUUUAGCUUGCAUUUAUCUCCUUGUCAACCUUCUUGUUCCACACUUAUUUAACCUAUUGAGUUUACACAUGCAGCUUGUCUAAUCCUUUUUCAGUCAAUGUGAGCCAGAAACCCCAUUUUGUGAGCCAUAAUUUACUUGCAUUUUGUCAUUGUUUUCCUAUUGAAAGAAAUAUUUUAGAAUAUGAAUUGUCUGCAUUUGGGUAAAAAAAAAAAAAAAAAUAUUACCUUGCCUAAGCGAAACAUGCAACUGCAUAUGCAUGUCAGCUGCAUGCUUUUGUAGACCAAUGCAAUGUGAUGUUCUUCUUUUUGAGCUAGAAAGUGUUUGACUCCAACCCAUAUAAGAAAGUAACUCUUCAAAGCACUAGAAGAGGCCUGCAGAGAUAUUAAGGAGUGGGAGGUGUGCAUGCAAAAUUCACAGUGUUCUUUCUUUACAAAGACUGAGAAACAUUGUGUGAUGUGGAUGAAAUUAUGGAAAGUAGUGGUGUGAGGAAUAAAUUCAGUGGCAACAACA